GCGAAAUCUGCAUAAAGCAACCCUCAACCCUUGUUUUGACGGCUUGACAAAGAUCAACACUUUACUAGUUGUUACUAUUAGACACAGGAUAGAAUGUUUCCCUUACUUGUCGGAAUAGUACUAUCGUUUUGCGAGCUGUCCAAUUCCGUACAAGCCAACGUUUCAUCAGAUGACGAUCCAUGCAUUGCAUACAAAGAGCUUCAAGACUCCACUCGUUCCCAGUUCAACCGCCUCCUUGGCGCACAGCAACCUAAGUGCGACAACAAGUUAGUUUUAGGCUGGUACAGAUUUACAGGUGCAGCUGGCAUAAAGAUGCCAGAAUCUUGCAUCACCUUGGGCCGAUGUGGUACCCAUUCCCCAGGCUGGUACGACGGGCCCAUGCCAGUGAACGUUGGUGGAAAUUCCUCCGGGAGAGUCUGCUUCAACUGGAUUGAUUCUUGUUGUGAGUGGUCCAGCCCUGCAACUGUGAAGAGGUGCAAUGGUUUUUAUGUGUAUAAGUUGACGCCAACCAGCCAUUGUGAUCUUCUGUACUGUGGAGACGGUGGUGUAGAGUCGACUGAGGCACCGACUACAACUUUGCCGUCGCUUUUGAAUACAACAACCAAANCAGAGUUGACUGAGGAACCGGCUACAACUUUGCCGUCGCUUAUGAAUACGACAACCAAACCAGCUGACGACUAUUCCAUGGACGUGAAGUGCGACAAAGACCAAAUCAAAGUCAUGUUACACAUCAAAUCUAAUCUAAACUACGAUCCAGAAACCGUCCAACUCAACGACGCAUCCUGCAAACCUUCCUUCCAAAACAGCAGUCAUAUAUUUAUCAAAUCAACGCUUGAAGGAUGCGGAAUGGAAUGGAAUGUCUCACGGGACGGCAAAAUGCUUAUUUAUCGCAACGCUAUAACAGCUCUUGUGAAGGGCCGAGGCUCCUUGGGUUUGCACGUAUCACGUGACCACCUGGCCGUAUUUGAAUUCCAAUGUCGUUACCAGAAGACAGUGGUGUUAUCCGUGGUCUCAUUCAAUUCGUCGGAAAGAUUCGUGAUCAGCGAUAUAAAAUCGUUUGGAAAUUUCACAUUCGAGAUGAGCCUAUUCAAAAGCGGAGAUUUCCGUGAGCAUUACACAGAAUACCCUAUUGGACCAAUAGACGUGGGUACAGACAUUUUCCUUCAGGUGACGGUGAGAUCCAAUGAUACUGGAGUUAUUGUGUUUGUGGAUGAGUGCAAGGCGACAGCCACGCCUAAUUAUGAUGACGAGAUGCAGUUUGUUUUCUUGGAGGAUGGGUGUCCCAAGGACAGCAAUCUUCGCUACAAUUACACCUUGUCAUCCGUUCAACGAUUUGUUUUGGCUGCCUUUAAUUUCCGCUCCGUGAAUUCAAAAGAAAUUUUCCUCCACUGUUUAGUGUUAGCUUGUUUGCAUUCUGACGAGUCGUCCCGCUGUGCUAAGGGAUGUCCAUACGAAAAGAGAAAAAGGCGAGUCAUUGAAGAAAAUGUUGAACAACAUCUGGCUGUUGGACCAAUAAUUGUUUCUUCCCCCAAACCAAAGGAGCCUUCGGCGUCGUCCUCACCUAAAGACGACACCAUCAUCAUAGCUGUAGUGGUUGGAUUCCUUGGCUUCGCUGCCGUUUUACUCGUGGCAGCCGUGGUAAUCAUUCUUUGUAAGCCCCACAGGACACCCAAUGUGACUGGAGCGGCCACAUCUCCACUAUUAUGAAGUAAUGAUCCAGGACCGAGCUGAAAGAGAAUCCGAAGAAUUUGUUGUUUGGUUCGGCAGAUUUCCGUCAUGUUCUCGGGCUCCAUCUUCGAUCCUUUCGUGAUGAAGACUUUUCGGGGGAGAAGCAUAGGCACAUUUUUCCGAAAAAAAGCUGUCAAACGUCGGGCAUGUGCAAGGGGGUCAGGUUUCGCCGGUAGAGCGCUUAUUUUCGUUGUUAAAUUUGUAAGGAAACCUAAGAAAGAAUCACUGUCUCGAGCAAUAUGAAAAACAGUAAAAAAAAAAUUGAAACGAGAGAGAGAAAAAGAGAAAAAAAAAAGAGAAAAAAGAGAAAAAAGGAAGGAAAAUAGGAAAACUUAAGAUUUUUCGAACACAGGGCUAAUUGUAUUAUGAUUAAAUUUGGGGAUUCGCCCUUUUACUUUCUAUUUUAUCGAAAAAAGUGAUUCUUUUUUUUUUAAAACGUAAUGACUCAUUAAUUCAUUUGGUUUCCCAUAACUCUCGUAACAGCUUGGUCCUGAAGGACUGAAGGCGAUCGAGCGAAUCAGCCAAUAUAAAAUUUGAUUCAUACAUGGAGGUACAUUGAACCACUUUGUAAUGAUUUGGUUUUCUAUAUUUCCAAUUCCCGCUUUUGCCCAGUUUUGUUGGUAUCUGGAUAUUAGAGGCUUUAUAUAUGGACUGCAUUGGAGGGUAAAAUGUUUGUAAGAAAUAUCUAUAACAAGAUGACACGUUAACGUAUGUAAAUAAGGAGAAAAAAAAUUUUUAAUUAGGAAUUAUCGUAAAGGUCAAAUUUGAAAAAAAAUUACAGUUUUAAGGUGUAUGGUUUCUAAUAAGAAAAAAAAUUAUAAAGACAUCAAAGUAGCAGAUCAAUAGCGUUUAGUAGGAAACGAUUCGUCACGGUCCUUCAAAUUGUUAGAUGUCCGUACAAGAAUAGGGAUUAUUCAUUCUUUCAUAAGGCAACAAAUAAAGAUAUCAGCCUGA